UAGACCAAGCUUGCAAGUAGCACACGCCCCCAAAAAACCGUGAAAAUACUUCUGUUUUGAUACUCAGAGCUAAGUUGUGGUGGAGAGCGGUCCCAGCUAGCUUCUUCUUCACACACUCCCUUUCUUUCCAGAAAAGGCAACACAGACAUUUUCAAACUAAUUAAUUCAUCUUCUUUUGAAUCCCUCAGCUUUGAAGAUUUUCAUGCACAGGCAUAUGUGAACACUGCUUUAUAUAAGUGGAGUUUGUUUUGCUUUUGUUGUUAUAUAUUCAUUCACUCCGAGGUUGAAAUCUAGAUUAAUAUUCAUGCUGGCGGUGUCACCUUUGAGGAGCACAAGAGAUGAAGAGCAAGGGGAGAUGGAGAGCUUCUCCAUUGGAACUGAUGACUUUGCUGACUUAUCAGAAGGAAACUUGCUUGAAAGCAUCAACUUUGAUGACCUCUUCAUGGGAAUCAACGAUGAUGAAGAUGUCUUGCCAGAUCUGGAGAUGGACCCUGAAAUGCUGGCUGAGUUUUCCCUCAGCGAGGAAUCGGAGAAAGUCUCGUCAGUUUCAGUGGUAAAUAACAAAUCUGAUGACAGGAAUGAGAAUAAUAUAGUUACUACCGAGAAACAAGAUGAGGUUAUAGCAGCCAAUUUUUGUUCAGAUUCUGGUUCCAAUUCCGGGUCUAGCAGAGGGGAAGAGAUAGCAAGCAAAAGCGAGGAAUCAAUUCAUUCAGUGGUGGUGAAUCCAUCCCCUAAGGAAAGUAAGAAAGGAAGAAAAUCAUCAACGCAUUCAAGGAAUAAUCCGCUAGGGAAGAGAAAGGUGAAGGUGGAUUGGACCCCAGAAUUGCACAGGCGAUUUGUGCAAGCUGUGGAACAGCUAGGUGUGGACAAAGCAGUGCCUUCAAGGAUUUUGGAGAUUAUGGGAAUUGACUGUCUCACUCGCCAUAACAUUGCCAGCCACCUUCAAAAAUAUCGAUCCCAUAGGAAGCAUUUGCUAGCACGUGAAGCUGAAGCAGCAAGGUUGAGUCAAAGGAAACAAUUCAUGGGUGCAGCAAGCGUAGGUAGAGGAGGAGGAGGAAGCAAGAGAGACGUGAACCCUUGGCUUGCACCUACCAUGGGUUUCCCUCACAUGACACCAAUGCACCAUUUCAGACCUUUCCAUGUAUGGGGGCAUCACACCAUGGACCAGUCCUUCAUGCACAUGUGGCCUAAACAUCUCCCAUAUUCACCGUCCCCGCCGGCAUGGCCACCGCGAACGGCUCCCUCUCCGCCGCCUCCGGACCCUCUUUAUUGGCACCAACAUCAACGGGCUCCAAACGCACCAACCCCAGGAACACCGUGUUUUCCACCGCCUCUGACAAGCACGAGAUUUGGGUCUCAAACUGUUCCGGGCAUCCCUCCACACCAUACAAUGUUCCAAAUAGUAGAUCCAGGCAUUGGCAUCCCAGCCACCCAACCACCACCUCGACCCCUCCUCGAUUUUCAUCCGUCAAAGGAGAGCAUAGAUGCAGCUAUUAGUGAUGUUUUAUCAAAACCAUGGUUGCCACUACCACUUGGCCUUAAAGGUCCAGCCCUUGAUGGUGUAAUGGGUGAACUACAAAGACAAGGGAUUCCCAAAAUCCCUCCAUCUUGUGCUUGAAUGGCAAGUCUAAGAGACAUGGUGAAUGCCUCAAAACCCUAAUUCGACGACUUCUCAGUUCUCUUCUUGUAUGCCAGAAUGUGCAUAUUUGUUUCCUAUGUUACUUCUAUCAUAUACUACGAGGGAAGAGAAACAUAAAUAUAUAUAACUUUUGGAAGAGAAACAUCUUUGUACUAAUCUUAGUAAAUCUACGAGACUAAAAUAAAUGAUGAGGAAUUUCA